AUGCAGCGGCUACAGCCUGCCUAUUUAUGCCUUGCUGUAACGUUUCUGCUGGGGCACGAAGCGGUCCUGCCGAUAGCAGACGAGACAUAUUUGGAAUACAAAGCACAAGGUCCCAGGAUGCGGUCCUGCAGCUUAUGUGUUACGUUAAUAUCUCUAAAUUAUAUAGGAGACGGCACUGUCGACUGUAUGGUUGGCACGGUGGCUGGGCAACCGGCUGCCUCGCAACGUGUCGCGGGUUUGAUUCCCGCACAGGACAACUCUUUUUAUGAACCAAAAAUUCUUGUGCCAGGUUUGGGUGGGGAAAAUCAACAAAUGACCUUUUCCGCCCAGGUAAGAACAAUAUUGUGCAAAACGAUGCCUCGGCCGACACGUGAGUCCUACGGAGACCAAAAACCACCCUUCUCCUACAUAGCCCUGACCGCGAUGGCGAUCUGGAGCUCCCCGGAGCGCAUGCUGCCGCUGUCGGAGAUUUACCGGUUCAUCACGGACCGCUUCCCGUACUACCGGCGCAACACGCAGCGCUGGCAGAACUCGCUGCGGCACAACCUGUCCUUCAACGACUGCUUCGUGAAGGUGCCGCGCCGCCCGGACCGGCCCGGCAAGGGCGCCUACUGGACGCUGCACCCGCAGGCCUUCGACAUGUUCGAGAACGGCUCGCUGCUCAGGAGGCGCAAGAGGUUCAAGCUGCAUAAGGGUGAAAAGGAUAGUUUGAAUGCAGAAUUGGCUGCUCUGGCUAGUUUUAAUAGAGCGUUCUUGGCGCGGCAAGCUGGAGCGCCUCCAGCCGCUACUUCGCUUCCCAGCAGUAAUAUGUACAGCCCAGCAUCAACGUUCAUAUCGCGACCCAGUCCAGAGCCGACGGAUUCAGUAGAUACAACUGCACUGCUUCCCCUGGGUCCAAGGCCACGCAGAGCUUUCACGAUAGACGCUCUACUGGAGCCCGAGCCAAGACGGUCAUCUCCCUCGCCACCACCACCGCCACCAAUACAGCCACACUGCCCUCUCCCGCUGCCACCACCCUAUCUCUUGGCGGCGCAGAGGUAUCAUGCAGAGCUGCUGGCCGGCUUGCAACAAUCCUGCCUACCUCCGUUAUGGACGUGGCGAGAUACAAGUCAAUUUUCACAUUAUACGCUUAAUUCAUGA